AGUGCAGUGUAUAUAUUUAUAUUAACAAAAAUAUAUAUUAGAAAUAUUAUUAGUGCUGUAAUUGUGUAUAAUUUAUUAUUUUCAAUUUCUACAGUCCAAAACAAAGUUGUUGUUUUUUAAUGAAUGUUGUUUAUGAAGUGUUUUGCUGUCAAAUAUGAGGUUCCCUUUGUGACAACUUGCCCCACUAAAGGUCAAUAUUGUGUUAAAUGAACUGUAUCUUUUUGUCCCCUGAGAAAUAAUAGUUCAUUGUUGCUUUUUUGUAGCCAAUACUUACAGACAUGUACAGAAAUGAGCUUUUAAGAAUAAACUCACCCUUAGAAAUAUCUACUGGAGUAAAGGAUGUGACGACUAGCCCCGGUUUAUACAGUAUACAAGUUGUGUUGUAUUAAUACAGCUUAUUUUCAUAUUGUAUUUGGCUUUGAUGUUUAAAACAAACAAUGUGAUGGAAUUAUUAUACUUUCUUUAGAUGUGUCCAAUGGGAGACAAGCAGCAGAAAAAAAUAAUAACUGAUGAGCUGCAAAGAGAUUUAACUCAUGAAGCAUUAGAAAUAUGAGGAAAUAUAUAUAAAACAACACAAUGAGAGCUGCAUCUGUUUAAAUGCCUGACUGUCAUUCAGCUGAAACGGCCCAUUCCACUGCAACUGAAUGCAGUUUCUUUUCAGAGACAGUUUUUGUAGUAGAUUAAUUAUUGCAUCAUUAUAACCCACAUGAGCUGAACAAAGGAGCAACACUCACUCUUCAGACUCUUCUAUUAAUUAAAACAACAAAGUUUGCUUUGUUCAGCUCAUUUGAUUUUGGUUGCACCUCCUCUUCUGUUGGUUGAGCACCUCUUUUUAACAUUUGUUACAUAUCAUUAAAAUCCACCAAAUACAAUUUAAUUUUAGGGAGAAACUUUUCUUUAUUUUUUAAGAAUCGUAUACAGAUUACUCAGACUGCAGAUGCUUUUCAUUCAUCGUUUUUUCAUAGUGAUGUUUUUCUUUUUAAUCAGAACUGGUUUAUCUGGAUUAGAUGAAGUUACACAGAACUCUGAGUCAGAGAAAAUAAAACAGGUUUAAAUGUCUUCAUGCUUCAGAUCACUUACAGAUCUUCACUUCGACAAUCCAGAGAGAUGAUCAUAAUUUCAGCUGAAUAUGGACCUGCUUGUGUUUAUUUUCUGGCUGUUAUUCCAGUUAUAUCUGACAGCAUGUAUAUUGUUUUUAAUAUAUUUGAAACUAGGCACAUAAUUAAUUAUAAACUUGUUUAAAUAAAAAACAUAGGAUCUACUCUCCAGUGUUGAUGUUGAAUUAUUUAGGGGUCCAUUCUUCGUGCCUCACUUAAUACAUCUGAGAUGUUUUGACAGAUGCCAGAUUUUCUAAUCAUGAUAACUGAUCUCUGACUAAUCUGGUUCUUUAAACAAAUUUGUGGAUUUGAUUAAAAUAUCUGAAUUAAGUUAUCUGAGAUGUGUUCUCGAAACAUGAUCAGCAAUGCAGCGAUUGGCUGGCGUCAAGACAGCAACAUAAUGACAUCGUAUAAUUAAAAAAGGAAACAGCCAAGUAUGCAUAAUGAUAUAAAAGAUCUGACAUGAAAUGUGUACAUGCUCUAGUAUUUGUACUUUACACUUUUUUUCAGUGUCAAGAGUAGCCUGCUCAACCUCUUGCUGAAGCUCAAAUGUGCUGUGAAACACGAGAAUGAACCUCAUUGGUUACGCAGCACCUUUGAGCUUCUGGAAGAGGUUUGUACUUGUGUGUUAUUCAGGUUCGGUUGACCUUCGGCUUAUGGUCGCUGAUCAAUGUUUAUUCAAUUUGUUCAUACAGGAACAUCAGGAUGAAGAAACAAGUAUGGUGCUCUCUUCACACUCCUCAGAUUUAAUCAGCACAUCUUCCUCUGCUGCAGUAGAGAAGGUAGAGCCGUGGCUGAAGUGGUGACCGUUUUCAUGCUGUUUUUCUCCUCUUGCAGAUGGUGAAAGUGGAACAAUGUGGAGGAGUAUGGAAGAGCAGGGAGGAAAGAUGUAAUUUUAAAAGAUGUUUUAGAAAUAGAGAUAUUUUUGCUGUGGUCAAUAACUCUCAAGUGUGGUCUAUCAAUACCAGGUGGUGUUUUGUACAAAUGUAGAACGGCUUCAGUAUAAUUUCACUUUGAACACAAGUUGCAUAUUGCUACUUCUGACCCUGUCAGUUGGGACUAAAGUAACACAACAAUAGGUACAAGCUAGAUUUUUUUUGUGUGUCAGUCUUUUGUUUUUAUUAAAAAUAGGCUACCCGACUACGACCUUGUUAAUAUGCAACUAAAUAUAUUUGGUCCUCUAUCUUUGCAAAAAAUUAUUAAAUUACAUUUUCAUUUUAAAUUGAAAACAUUUCAGUUUCAUCAAAUGUUUCAAAGUAAACCGACAGUACAAACUUUUUAUUGGCAACGUCGAUCCAUUUUAUAAAACUUUAAAACAUUUUCAACAGAAAUUACAAUCUGAAAAUUAAUAAAAUAAUUAUCAUAUAAAUUCUCAACAUGUUACCGUAGUCAUGUUUCCAAUCCAGCUGUUUUUAUGCAUAUAUACAAAUGAGCAUAAAAACAUCUGGAUGGAAACACUGCAGAUUCAUAGGUGGAUGUGGAAAAGCUAAGAUAUUGCUAAAAACUAAAUGAUGUUUUAUUAACAAAAUUCGGGAGGAGCAGGUUCAGAUAAUUAACCUAAUUAGCACAGGUGGAGAGCAUUCAGUUAAUCAAUUCAACCAAUGACUAGAGGUAUAAAUACAGCAGAUUUACCUCUGUACAUUUGAGAGUUUACCAGCAUCCCUCCUCCACCCAUCUCCUCACUUCUAGUUCUAUCUAUUUUUACCACACUGGGGGGAGUUCGGGACAAUACUCUGAGCUCUGAGCCCUCUCCUCGGACAGCACACCAAAUACACAUAACUUUUAUUAUAUUGAAUUAUAUGUACAUGUGAACUCUUGAAAUGUGACUAUGGUAAAUGUAAACAGAUUGAGUGAAUAAAUGGAGACAUACAGAAAUCAGCAACAGAUUUGUCCAGAAACACCCUCUUUAAUAAACACCUGGCUGAAUCAGACCUCUGUCGGUCUUUCUGACCCUCACUCUUGGCAUAUUCUGCUGCUAUAAUAUGACAUAAACAUGUUUUAAUAAAUGCUGCAACACAGAGAAAGUCACCACAUUAGCAGCGGGACAAAAGAAACAAGUGUUACUUUCGUCCCGACAGGAAUUCCUGACAUUUAAAUCCGAGUGACUUUUUUACUAAACUCUGACAAGGCAAACUUCAGGAUGUUACAGCACUAAAUAACCUGUAGAUUGAUCAUUACUGGACACAUGAAACAAGAAACACAACUUGUAAUUAGAAAAAAAAAAAAACGUACAGCUUCAGUAAUUUUCUUCCCGUACUCGAAAACUGCUCUCCAGACAUAACCGUGGGAAGCAAUGACGAAAUCACCUGAUAUUUGGCAGCUCCAUCAAGGGUUGCGUGCUGAACGUGCUGUCAUAACUUGAAAUGAAAAUGUAGUCAGAGCUUUGAGAAAAUACACAGAACAAACCAAUCAACGAAAUGAACAACAGGUGUAACUGAUAAUCAAACAAUGAGAAACCAUAGAAAAUAAUACAAACCCAGAAAACAGAAAUUCAAAACAAACAAGGACUCACAUAUUCCCUACAGAAGCUUCUUGUCAUGAGAUAUGAAGGGUGUGUUCACAGGUUUGGUUCGAUUAACAUGGACCAAAGACAUCUAAAUGGACCAAAACCAGGUUGUGAUGUCACAAGAUGCAGUCCUAAAAACCCUAACCCUUCCUGUCAUAGUCACAAUGUUUUCCAUUACAGUUUGGUACAGCAGAUCUGUGUUUGUGUGACAGAGGAAUUCCUGCUGCUGUUUGACUCCUUUACAUGUUUUAUAAGCUCUGAAUGAGUUCUCAGCUGGUACAAAAGAAAACAUCAUAUGUACGCACAUGUCAUGUUUAGUCCAGCACACAGAAUUGUUUUGGAUGUUCAUUAAGUUCUGUCACAAAAUGACUGAACUGAUUCUGUGAGCAGAUGAUUUACAGAUCAGAACAGAGAGUGAUCACAUGACCUGGAGUCACACAGAAGCAGCCAUAUUCAGUUAAAGCACUUUUAUGUCACAGGGGUUAUGCGCCAAUUAUAUUAUUUUUUUACUUAAAUUACAGCUGCCUCAAUUUGUGUCUAAUGUCAUGAUAUUUUUUUAAACAGAGGAUGGAUUUCCACCACAGAAUGCCAUUAAAUACAUGAUUUAGUUAAUAAUUUUCUCUCUGUGAUCACAUCUGCAAAUCAUAUUGAAUUAAUGCCUGAAUUAAUUAAUGUUAUUAAACCACAAAAUAAAUAUGUUCAUUAAUGUUUCCUCAAUGAAAAUGAUUUAUUAAAAAAAUGGCAAAAUAAGUACAAACAGGGACUAGACUGAAUAUGUUCCACCAUAACAGUCGAACAGAUAUAAAUAUGAUCGUUUUCACUCUAAUAUUAUUAUUUUCAUUCAGUGAAGAAUCUGAGGAUGGUCGUCUUCACCUCUGAAAGGCUCUUUAUCCUAAUGGCUGUAGAAAUAUUCUCUUUCUGUGAAUAUAAACUGUAUUUGUCACUUCCUGUUUUCAGUUUUCAUACUUUCAUCAUGUUAAUGUGCUGUUAUUCCUCUCAUGAUAGAAAGCUUUAUUUCUGAUAAUUAUAUAAAUCCAGACAAUUAUAUGAAGAAACAUUUCUGUAGCUUCUAUAAAAACUCUGUUAUUUUGAAUGAUAAUCAUCAUCUAUCUAAUCAUGUGUAUUGAAAUUAUAAACUAAUAGCAGAGAGGAAACUUACACACCUGCAAACUCACAAAACCUCACAAGACUCAUGCUCAUACAAAGAGUUCUGAUUUUUAUAUUUAUACUGUUUAUGAUUAUUUUAGAUUUCCAAAACAAUGUUUUGAUAUGUUUGUAUCUUAUACUUUUUGUGUUUUAAUUGUCUCUUUACAUUUGUCUGAAAAUCCUAUAAUAGGUUGUUAAAUCUCAGUGUGACAAGUUACCCCAAUUAAACCUGAACCUCACAGUCUUCAGUCUUACUAAAAACGUCCAGGCUGUUGGGGCAAGUUUCAGCUAAACUCUGCAGGACGUUGACCCUCCAGGAACUCAGGUUACUCCCACAUUACUCUCAUUACAGAUGCUUUUCAUUUUUUCAUAGUGAUGUUUUUCCAUUUAAUCAGAACUGGUUUAUCUGGAUUAGCUGCUGUUCAACUGAACUCUUUCUCAGUCAAAAGGAAGAAAAUAAAACAGGUUUAAACAUAUUGUCCUCAUGCAUCAGAUCACUCACAGACUUUCACUCUGACGAUCCAGAGAAAUGGUUAUAAUUUUAACUGAUCAUGGACCUGCUUAUGUUCAUAUUUGUGGCUGCAGCAGCAGUUAAAUCUGACGGGCUGACUGUGCGCGGUCCCUCUGGUCCUCUGGUUGAUCAUCUGGGAUCUUCAGUGGUUUUGCCCUGUUAUGUUGAUGAACCUUUACUAACAGUGGGUCUGGAGGUGGAAUGGAGAAGAACAGACUCAGAGACUCUGGUUCAUCUGUAUCAAGAUGGAGAGAGUCGACCAGAUGCCCAGCAGGAGGAGUAUCAUGAUAGAGCUCAUUUCUUUACUGAUCAGAUUCAACAUGGAAACUUCUCCCUCCGUCUGGACAAGCUGAGAGCUGAAGAUGAGGGAAAAUACACAUGUAAAGUUUACAGUCAGCAGGAAUCUGGAGAGACUGAGGUUCAAAUAAAAGUUGAUGAUGUUGAGCGUUUGCUAGUAUCAGGAUCGAGUCACUCCAUAUCUGCAUCUGUGGGUGAAGACGUCACUCUGAGCUGCUCUGUAGACUCUCACAUCAAACCUGAAGAUACUGAAGUUUCAUGGAAGAAAACAGAUGAAGAUGAAGAUAUUCUGGUUCUGCUCUACCAAGACCAUGAGCCUUUACCAGGUUCAUCAGAUGAACAAUACAGAGACAGAGUUGAGUUCUUCACUGAUGAAAUCCCCAAAGGAAACUUCUCUCUCAGACUGAAGAGUGUCAGAGCUGAGGAUAAAGGAGUUUACAUGUGUCAAGUGUUUGCUGGAGGACUUUCAGCCAAUGCAACUGUAGUUCUGGAGAGACUGGGUUUCUCAGUUUUACACAUAAUGGUGUUGAUUCUCUGUAUUUCUGCAUCUGGAUCUGCACUUCUGCUCUGCUGUCUGAUCUACUGCAGAUCACCUGAUAAAGGUUUGAUUGUGAAAAAUUCUUAUAACAGUAAAGUUCAUUUGGGAGGUUCAGUAGUUUUGCCCUGUCAUGUUCCUCCAAACUUACUAACUGAAGAUCUGAAGGUGGAAUGGAGAAGAACAAGAAGAAUCUCAAGGACUCUGGUUCAUCUGUAUCAAGAUGGAGAGAGUCGAGCAGAGAAACAGCACAAAGAUUAUCAUGAUAGAGCUCAUUUCUUCACUGAACACAUUAAACAUGGAAACGUUUCCCUCCGUCUGGACAAUCUGAGAGCUGGAGAUGAGGGAAAAUACACAUGUAGAGUUUACAGCAAGAGGAACUGUGUGUUUUCAGCCACAACACAUUUGGUUCUGAGGUUCUUCAUGACUGGUAAGGUCAUUCCUCUGGGAUCUUCAGUGGUUUUGCCCUGUGAGGUUAACAAAAGCUUGUUACAGAAUAGUCUGAAGGUGGAAUGGAGAAAAAUAAUGGGAGACUCAGAGACUCUGGUUCAUCUGUAUGAAGAUGGCGAGAGUCGACAGCAGCAGGGUUAUCGUGGUAGAGCUCAUUUCUUUACUAAGAAGAUUAAAGAUGGAAACUUCUCCCUCCAUUUGAAAAAAGUGAGAGCUGAAGAUGAGGGAAAAUACACAUGUAAAGUUUACAGGGAACAGGAUUGUGUGCGUUCAACCGGCACAGAGUUGAAACUGGGAUUCGUUGUGAAACAUCAUUACACACCUUUUCCUCUGGGAUCUACAGUGGUUUUGCCCAGUUAUUCUGAUGAAGCUUUACCAAUGGAGAGUCUGAAGGUGGACUGGAGAAGAAAAGGAGAGGCUCUGAUUUUGUAUCAAGAUGGUGAAAGUCGGGCAGAGGACCAUGAUCAUGAUAGAGCUCAUUUCUUUACUGAUCAGAUUCAACAUGGAAACUUCUCCCUCCGUCUGGACAAUCUGAGAGCUGAAGAUGAGGGAAAAUACACAUGUAAAGUUUACAGUAAAAGGAGAUCUGUGUUUUCAGCUGAUAUAAAUUUGGUGCUGAAACUACUAGACACAGUCUUUCGUCUUCAGAAAUUUCUCGUCGUCUGUCCAAAUAUUCUGAUGUUUCUGGCUUUUGUCCUCUGGGGUGUUUCUGAAGGAUCUGUGAAUGAGACGGUCUGUUGUUGUGCUCUUUAUUUUCUGAGACCUCUCCUGAUACUCUGGGCGGCUCCAUAUAUUAAUGAAUUUACAGGCAAGAUUAAAACAUGGAUUCUGAAAUACAGUUAUGUUGCAGAAUAUGUUGUUCUCUCAAUCAUUGUUUAUUCAGCUCUUUUUUCGACUGCUUGGCAAAAACUUCUGAAUUUUGCUGUAUUUGACAGAGUCGUGAUUAUAGUCCUGUUUUCAGUCGUGUUUCUGUGCUGCUUCUGCAAAAUCAUUUAUCUUUUAGUCACAGAGAUUGGAAAGAAAAAAGGACGGAUAAUUGAAAUAUUUGGCCUCGUGGCUGAUAUGAUCUCUGAUAUUCUGCCUACUUUACAAUUCAUCCUCCUGUUUUACACGUUUGGAUCUUCUGGAGCAGGAUUCAUCAUCAUUAUCAUUUUACCAGUGUUUCUGAUGAUGACGAAUGACAGAUGGAUUUAUAGAUGUGGAAGACUCGGCUGUUCACUUUCAGUCAGAAGAACAGUGAUGAUGAUCUUCACAUUAGUGAUGAAUGCAGUGAUGAUCGGUUUUUACAUCAUGACACUGGAGAAAACUACAGAUCCUAUCGGAUGGGGCUGUGUGCUGGUGUUCCUGCAGAUACUCUGGACAGUUAUGAAGUUCACAGAGGGCUAUUAUUUCUAUUUUGAUCAAGGUUUUCAUCGUUUUGUCCCGGUUUAUGUGUUUGGAUCAGCUGGUUUUAUUUUACUGACCUCCACUGCACUAAUAACUGAACUGAUACUGAAAACAGUGAAUGGUGAUCGUACGGUUGGAGAUCUGAGAUUCAUCGUCUUUCCAGUUGAAUGUUUCUUUGCCGUAUCUGUGCUGAUUUCAGGAUUAUUUGCGUCCAAGAUCACAAACUGUCUGCAGUCUUGUCAGAAGGCAGUGAGAUCUAGACGACUCAAAAGAUCGCAGCAGAAAACAGAAGAAACACACGAGUCAAUACCGCUGAAGAAGACUGAAGAUCAGGAGGAAACUCAGCCUGAUUCAGUGCUGUCACAAACAUGAGGAAAUUAUUAUUCCUGAUUUAUCUCAAACUCAUCAAGACAUUAAGGCACAAAUUUCUGCUUUGAAACCACAUGGAUUGUGAAAAGCACUAAAAAAAUAACACUGGCGG